ACAAUAUCCCAAAAUCUGUAAAAGUUCUCACUUUUCUAGUUUUCUUCACAACCACGGUCCACACCCAUCUAUAUUGAAAGUGAAACAAAACAGGUAACACUGUUAUCAUUUCGGAUGCGUACCUGUUUUGGUGGUUUUUAGCAACUUUGGCUCGUAACUCCUAUGGCAAGCGCUUCUUCUUCGUCGUCGCUUACUCGCCAUUGGAAAUAUGAUGUCUUCCUUAGUUUCAACAGCGAGGACAGAAGUUUUGCUUCUGAACUAUACGCUACUUUGGCUGAUGAAGGAAUCAAAGUCUGCAGGGAUGAUGAUAUAGUACUUGAUAAAGAAACAGCGCUUUCGUCAAAAAUCUUUACAGCAAUUGAAAAUUCAAGGUUUUCAGUCAUCAUUCUUUCCAAAAAAUAUGCCUUUUCUGAUUGGUGCCUGAAAAAACUUGCAAAGAUAGUGGAAUGCGAGAAUGAGAUUGGGCAAACAAUUCUUCCUGUUUUCUUAGAUGUUUGUCCUUCUGAGGUACGAAACCAGACUGGGGAGUUUGGGGACGCUUUCGACUUACAGGUAGAAUAUUUUGAGGAGAAUUUGGAGGUUGUCAAAAAAUUGAGGGCUGCUUUAACAAGAGUCUCCAAUAUCCCCGGAUGGACUUUAUAUGAAGCGUUUGAAUCAAGAGUUUUCCAAGUUAUCCAAGACAUUGUUAAUGUGAUAUCAAAAAAAUCUUUUCCCCCACUCUCAAUCGGGGGCCUAACUGGAAUGGUUUCUCGUGUGAGUGAAAUAACAUCUUACUUAAGGAUAGGGGGGACUGAUGUUCUCAUGAUAGGGAUAUGUGGUAUGAGUGGUAUUGGUAAGACAACCAUUGCAAGAGUUGUUUAUGACAGCUUCUCCGAUCAAUUUGAAGGUUGUUCUUUUCUAGCUAAUGUUGGAGAAGUUGCUCAAAGAUGUAGUUUACAUUCUUUACAAGAGAAACUUCUUUCUGACAUCAUUGAAAGAGAUAUAAGAAUAUCCGAUAUCCAGAGAGGGGUCAACGUGAUCAAGAAUUUGCUGCAUAGUAGAAGGAUUCUUCUUGUACUUGAUGGUGUGAGUCAAUUAGACCAGUUAGCAAUGUUGGCUGGGGAUUGUGAUUGGUUUGGUCCAGGCAGUAGAAUUAUCAUUACCACCGUUGCUAUGGAUUUACUGACUAGACAUGGGGUUGAUAGAAUAUAUAUACCAAAGCCAUUGAAUAAGGAUGAGGCUCUUUAUCUUUUUAGUUUGAAAUGUUUCGUAAGUGGCCCCCCUUCCAGAGAUUAUGUGGAGAUGUCCAAUGAUUUUUUAUAUUAUGCUGCUGGCCUUCCUUUAGCUAUUGAGGUUUUAGGUUCUUUUCUAUUUAAUAGAAACAUCACUGAAUGGAAAAAUACAUUAGAUAAACUUGAAGCAUGUCAUGUACCCAGUGUUCUUAAUAUACUUCAAAUCAUUUUUGAUGGACUAGAUGAAACAGAGAAGGAAGUAUUCCUGGAUAUCGCAUGUUUCUUUAAUGGGGAGGACAAAGAUCAUGUAGUAGAAAUACUGGAGUUCCUUUACACGGGCUUUGAAUUAAGGAAUUUCAUUGCUAAAUCUCUUGUAAGAGUUUCUUCUAACAAUCAAUUAUGGAUGCAUGAUCAAUUACAGUUGUUGGGUAAGGCAAUAGUUAACGAAGCUCAAGAGCCUGGGAAAUGUAGUAGAUUGUGGAUGCGUGAGGACAUCGACAAUGUCCUGAAAGAAAAUACAGGAACAGAAGCUGUUCAAGGCAUAGUUUUAGAUUUUCCUGUAACAAAAGUGGCACACUGGAACCCGGAAGCCUUUUCAAAGAUGUGUAAUCUUAGAUUACUCAAAAUUCAUAAUGUGCAACUUCCAGAUGGGCUCACAUGUCUUCCUAAGUCAUUAAGAUAUGUUGAAUGGAAUGGGUAUCCUUUAAAAUCUUUGCCACCAGGUUUCCAACCAGUAGAGCUUUCUGUACUUAAAAUGUGUCGUAGCAAAAUUAAACACAUCUGGAGGGGAAUAAUGUGUGGGAACAAUUUAAGAGUCAUCAAACUCAGUCAUUCUCGAAAUCUUGUUAGGACUCCAGACUUCACAGGGGUUACAAAUCUUGAGAGAAUAAAUCUUGAAGGUUGUACGAAUUUAAUUGAAGUUCACCCAUCCAUUGGGUUACUCAAAAGGCUUAUUUUAUUGAAUCUUAAAGAUUGCAAAGGUCUUAGAAUUCUUCCACACAAGAUUGGAAUGGAAUCUCUUGAAAUUCUUAUUCUUUCUGGUUGCUCAAAAGUCAAGAAGAUUCCAGAAUUUGCAGAAAACAUGCAACGGUUACAGAAGCUUUAUUUAGAUGGAACUGCAAUUAAUUUUCUACCUCCUUCAAUGGAACAUUUGAAUGGUCUUACUUCACUGAAUCUGAGGCAUUGCAAAAAUCUUCAGUUUCUUCCAAGCUUUCUUCAUAAUCUGAAGUCUUUAACAGAACUCAGUCCUCCUGGAAUAGCUGAACCUGAAACAAAUCUAAUUUCUUCAGAGAACAAAGAGUUGCUAUCUGUGCAUAGAACAGAAGUUAUGGAGAAAGAAGGUAGGAUGUCCCUUCAUAAAAAUGAAAUUGAGACUGUUCCUUCUCAAACUAAAGAAGGUCAGAUGAAAUCUAAAUUGAAAAAGAAUGUUGGGGAUCCAAUUCAGCCCCAUACUCCAGUAGCAGUCUCAACAUCAGGUACAAGUAAUGUAGAACCCAUUCUUUUGGGAAGCUCAGAAGUAGCUGUAUUAGUUGAACCAGUGACGGUAGAACCAGUGACAAUCCUUCGUUCAAGAAUUGAUGGAAGUCAACCUAUCAAUGAAGAGGAAAUUGAGAUCCUUCGUCAAACUGACAGUCAGCGGUUUCUUGAAAGAACAUGUCCCAAGAGGUCUAUUGAGCGCACUUUGACAACGAUCUUGGGAUACAUGAGUGAUGUUAAAGCCCGAAGAGUUGGUGUUUAUGGAAGCGGAGGGAUUGGCAAGACUAGUGUACUGAAAGCCUUGAUCAAUUACCCCAAAACAAAGGACUUAUUUGAUGUGGUUAUUUGGGUGACUGUAUCAAGAAAUUGGAGCACAAGAAAGAUUCAAGAUAAAGUUUUACAACAAUUAUCAUUGUCACCAGGAGACUUCAAAACUGAUUUCGAACUUGCAGAGGAACUGUUUCAAGCUCUAAGGAGCCAGAGGUUUUUGUUGCUUUUGGAUGAUGUUUGGGAGUGGAUUGAUCUGAAUGCAAUUGGUAUUCCUGAUCCUACUUAUGAAAAUCGUUGCAGGAUGAUACUUGCAACAAGAUCCCCAGAUGUGUGUCACAUCAUGGUGGCUGAUAGAAAGGUUCAGAUGGAGGGACUCUUACUGGGAGAAGCUUGGGAGUUGUUUUGGGAACAAGUGGGUGAGAUAAUUGACUCUCCAAAUAUAUUUCCCUAUGCUCAAGCUAUAGUUAAGAAGUGCCAUGGUUUGCCAUUGUUGAUCGUUGUUACUGGAAGGGCAUUGGCUAAGGAGAAUGAUGCUUUAAACUGGAUGCAUGCCUCGAGAAACUUUUUGUGGCUCAGUGCACAUGGGACGUAUGGUUUUGAGGGUUUAUUCCAACAGCUGAAAUUCAGUUAUGACAGAUUGGAGAGUCCUGAAUUGAAGAGUUGCUUCCUUUAUUGUGUCUUGUUUCCAGAAGAUCGCGAGGUUGGCAUAGUUAAAUUGGUUGAGUACUGGAUUGAGGAAGGUUUGGUUGCUGGAAAAUGGACAGAUUCAUAUAAAAGGGGGUGUGAUAUAGUUAAUAUUCUUGUUGAAGCCUCUCUUUUGCAGAAAUCAGAAGGUGGUCUUUCCAUCAAAAUGCAUGAUCUGAUAAGGGAUUUAGCAUUACGGAUCUUGUCAUUAGAGACAGAAGGUUGUCAAUUUCUGCUUAGAAGUUAUUCAAGAAUGGCACAACUAUCACACAUGGGAAAUGGUUCAUUUUUCAGACCAGUUGCAAGUUUUAAAAGCAAUCAACCAUUGAUUCUUGAAGAUCAUCAGUUCUUAUCAAGGGCUGGUGCUGGUCUAACUGAGCUGCCUUUGAAGGAAAAAUGGGAAGAAGCCAAGAUGAUUUUUCUGAUGGACAACGAGUUAUCCAGUCUACCAGAUAGUCCAAGUUGCCCCAAACUUUUGGCAUUGUUCCUCCAAAGAAAUCAAAAACUAAGAGUGAUACCUACAUCCUUUUUUGAUUUAAUGCCUUCUCUUACAGUUUUGAACCUAUCUAAAACCAGGAUCAAAUCCUUGCCAAAGUCACUCUGUAAGCUUAUGAGCCUUGAAGUACUUAUUCUACGUGAUUGUGAACGUCUGGUGCUACUUCCAUCUGAGGUUGGAUCUCUGAGACGGCUUGAAGUGCUUGAUCUCCAGGGAACUGAGAUAAACAAAUUACCUAACAAUAUUUCUGAACUGUCUUCUCUGAUUUACCUGAAGGUAUCAUUUUAUGGCUCUGUCAACUGGAGUGAAUAUGAUAAGCUGCCUCAUGAAUUGGUUUCACGUGGAGUGAUCGCUAAUCUACUUGAAUUGGAAACACUGAGUAUUGAUGUGUACCCAGGAGAUAGGAGGUGGAACAAGAAUGUGAAAUCUGUCAUAGAUGAGGUGGGCAAGUUGACAAAUUUGACUACUUUUUGUUGCUAUUUCCCAGAAGUAGAGUUUCUUGAACUAUUUCUUGGAACAAGCCUAUCAUGGAAAAUUGGAGGUUUAACUGAAUUCAAAUUUGUAGUUGGCCAUGACGUGAAACGCUUUGUAUCUAAGGUUUCGGACAACCUUGCAUUUGAUAAUGUCCCAUGGGAUCAAUGCUUGAGAUUUGUAAAUGGUGAGGUGAUACCAGAUGCAGCUGUUGAAGUAUUGACUCGUACUACUGCAUUCUAUUUAGAUCAUCAUAUCAAUGUUUGCAGCCUAUCAGAGUUUGGAGUCAGUAAUUUAGAUGGACUGAGAUUGUGUGUAGUGAGGGAAUGUCCCAAGAUUGAAACAAUUAUCGCUAUCAAGGAGCUUUCUGAAGCUGUGUUUCCAAUUCUGGAGCACCUAAGUAUUAAUUAUCUAUCAAACUUAAGUACAAUUUUGGAAGGAAUGAUACCACCGGGAAGCUUUGCUAAGCUAAGAAUAUUGACAAUGCAUACAUGCCCCAAGUUACAAUUUGUUUUUGCAAGCUCCAUGCUCUGUUUAUUCUCGAACUUAGAGGAAUUGAUCGUUGAAGAUUGUCCAGCUAUUACAGAGAUCAUAUAUCAGGAUCUGGUAGUUGAUUCUGGCAGUGGAACACUCCCUAGCUUGAAAAAAUUAAAACUUCACUAUCUACCCAGAUUGGUUAACAUUAUGAAAGGCAAAUGGCCCCCGAUAGAAAACAUUAGCUUCUACGAUUGCCCUAUAUUGAAGAAGCUUGGCAUUGAUUUCAUUGCAAGUCAUACCAUAAAAGGGAUCAAAGCGGAGAAUGAUUGGUGGAAAGAAUUAGAGUGGCAAGACACUUCAUUUCACUUGCGUCUUCAAGCUCAUUUCACCCCAAUUUGUGAUGACGAUUUGUAAUACAAAAUUUAAUAUCAUUUAGAUUGAUUUAUCCCUUUUCUGCCCCAUCAGUUGUUCAGUUCCCAAGUUAAUAAGGGACAAGAAGAGGUCAUGGCUAAAAGGAUCAAACAAGAAUAAGAAGUCCCUGAAUAUCUGUUGUAGUUGAUUGCACUAGUGCUGUCCCACAGAGAAGGUGGACAACCCAGAAAAUCCCAUAUUUCAGUGACAGCAUGAUUUGAGUGGAACCAGAGCUAGGACGGGGAAAUGAAGGGGGUUAGUCAAUGUCUAUAACUACUAAUGCUGAUGAGUUUUUUCAGAAUUAUCUUGUCUAAUCACCUGAGCUCUCUACACGUUGAAGCCAAAUUUUAAACAGCAUAAAACACUGUAAUUUAUCAAACAAUUGGCAAUUUGAUGAUAAUGAAAUUUCGUUUCAUAUUGUUGUAACUUAAUAAUCAGUACUAUUAGGAUUAGGUAUGCAGGGCGUUUUAUGCUAAUAGAGUAAUUGGAUCACAUAAAAAGGAAAACUUCCUUUUCUGCCAUAACCCCUUUGAAUCAAUCCUGCUGCUUAUGUGACUGGAAUGUGUGGACAAAGGAGUAAUUGGAAAAAUCAUCUGUUUCAGGAUAAUUGUAGGGUUCUAAUCUGUCAUGGGUGGGUUUAGUUAAAGAAUAAUGUUGCUGAAAUACUGGUUUCUUUUUUU